UAAAAUCUAAUAAAGCCAUUAAAAAUAUAUAUAUAUUUUCACUUAUAUUUUCUAUUAUAUUUUGUGAAUAUUCUUAUUUUGUGAUCCUUAUUGUACUUCCACUUCUGCACUCUUUACAUUCGCCCAUGCUGCUGUGUCUGACUUGAAUUUCUCCCACGAGGGAUCAAUAAAGGUACAUCUUAUCUUUCAUCUUAACUUAUCUUAUUUGUAGAGCUUGUAAAGGAAGACUUUACACUUUCUGUUUACCAAAUCAAGGUCCACUUACUGUUUUUCUCUGGAGCUUUCAACAAUCAAACCCAAUCAUCAGCAGAGUGAGUUUGCUCAGUUGUAAGUCUUAAGGUACAGUUUGUCUAGAUGGAAGAUAUGUAUUUAUUAUUAAGAAGUCCCAACAAAGCAGUUCUCUUAUUAAAGAUUAAAGAUCCCAAAAUGAUGACAGCCCUUUUAACUUUUAUCAAAUUAAAACGCACUUGUCACCAAUUAAGUGCACGUCCGUGAAGGGCCACAGGCGUGUGACAGGAAAAUCCUCAUAGUUUGUUUUGAUGAGUUCCUCCCUUUUCAUCAGCGCUGACGACAACAUGGUGUGAACUCAUCGUCUGUGUAUUGUACAGGGGAAGAGGUCAACACCACCCGAGUUGAACUUCUGGAAGAACAUCUGCCAUUAAAACAUCUUCCAUCCUUUGAAUCAGCAUCUGAAUAACAACAUCUGACUGAUCCAAACCGACCUAAAACAGACUCUAACCAUCUCUGCUAUUAGGUGUUAUUAUUUAUUGUUACCUGAAUAUUGAUCAUAUUAAUAACAGCAGUAUUUGAACAACAAAAGGUCUUCAUCAAAACAAAAGGCAGCUUGAGAGAGGAAAGUAUGAGUCAUAUGAAUGAAGAAGCAUCCCUCACUGAUGAGGGAGAACUAUCAACACUCUCGGACUACUGUGGAGGUACCAGAGAAAAGGCACGUAAAACACCACGUUAUGAGGCCCCAAGGCCUCCUGUGAAAGGCUUGAGAGGAUUUUUCCUAUGAUCUCGCACCUCAAGCUGCAUACAGCAAACAACUGGAAGAAGAUGAGCUAAUGUUCUGUUGGCCCAGACGGCGCUACAUGGUCAGGUCAAAUAUUUUUUAUGUUUUUCUGGGGAUGAACUUGUGAGAGUUGACACAAAGAUCACACAGAAAGGCACACAUACAGUUUACUAGAGUCCAAGAUAAUGGAUUUUUUGGGGCUGAUGUUGGAUACAACAACAACAACAGUUCUUGAAAUUAAGGAUAUAUUGACCAAAUUAUAAUGUACAGAUAUGUACAUUGGUACACUCUUGUGAUAAAAUGCUAGCAACAUACUUUUAUGUCUUUAAAGUUGAGCUUAAAGUUUCAUUCUUGGCCUUGGAAAAAACACUUUUAUUACAAUGUACACCUACUUUUUCCCAGAGCUUUCAGCCAAAUCUCAUGUCCUUCAUCAACAAAUGAAGAUGAUGAUGUGAGCUACUGCUGAACACCCCAGUAAAAACAAGCAACCUUGUGAUCAUCAUCUUUUUUGGUUAACUUUAUCCUUAAAGGAAUAGUUCAAUAGAUCAAUACCACUUUUACAGGAGGUAAAAAGCUUAGCUUAGCAUAAAGAUUGGAAACAGCUGGCCUGGCUCUCUGCAAAGCCAAAGUUAAACCAGUCUUCCAUCCAGCAUCUCUCUAAAGUUUGUUCAUUAACAAGUUCUUUCUUGUUUGUUUAAUCUGUAAAAAAAAAAAACUGUGUAAGUACCCUUUUCGAAACCUUCUACUAAAAUGCUUUUUGUCCUGCAAUAUGUUUGUUUUUAAUCUUUUAAUUGUACUCAUAAAAACCCCAAACUGACUGAUAAUACUGAUCCUCUGAUAGACUAUAAAACAUAUAACUCAAUAUAUAAUUAUAGGUCUUUAUAUGUUUCUGAGACACUGCAUGUCCAUCAUUCCUUUAGAUAGGAACCACGUGAGGUCACAGCCUGGAGUUAAUCAGUAAUAUGAAGUGAAUCCAGGGUAGACAGGGUCAGAGGUUAAAGCCCCUGCAACAGUCAUUGCAUUGGAUGUGUCAUUGUUUCUAUCACUUUGGAGGUUCAUGCCCACUGAAGCGCAGCGAGGUGAUCUCCACAGUGCCCAAAAACAGCGCCAAGAUACAAGAUUCCCCACCUCCUCAUUCCCCAAUGGAUGGCACCGCUGACACCUUCUUCAGCCAGGCCUGUGGGCCACAUGACAGUGCUGACCACACCUCCACGCCGCGGUUGUAAAGCCUCAGGAUGUAUAAAUAAGGGAAGAAAGGGAGAAGAGGGACCAGAGGCCGACCAGACCAAAUGAAGAUGGAGCUCGCCGGGGUUCACUUUGUGCUCGCAGCUGCAGGGUUUCUUCUGUGGACCAGCGGUGGAUCUGCUGCACCCAUGGAGUGCCACUUCGACUCCAGAGCCCUGUGUUCCUUUGAGGGGAGGCACUACUCACUGGGUGAAACCUGGAUGGACAACGCCUGUAUGCAGUGCACCUGUCUGCACCCUGUCGGCGUCGGUUGCUGCGAGACGGUUCAUCGGCCGGUGGACUUCCCUGCGUGGUGCGAGGUGCGGGUAGAACCAGUGACCUGCCAAGUGUCCCUGGUCCAGACAGCCGACCCCCGCCUGCCCUGCUCUCCAGGUGAGGAGAUCAAGGACCCCAGCCACGGAUCGCUUCAGCUGCAGCACCAGCUCGAAGGAUAGAAAACUGCUCAGACCAGCAACUAUCUGCUCAAUCUGUUCUGCCUGUGAAACCAAUACUCACUAUAGUUAAAUAUCAGUAACCACUUUAUACACAUACUGUAAUAAUAUAAAGACUUUAACAGCAUCUGAAACGUUUGGAUUGUAUCAUCAAUGAAGGAAAUGUGAGUGAAAUGUGUCUGUGAAAAUAUAUUUAAGUAAAGAUUUUCCAGCAGAGAUUUUUUGAGCCCCAGAUGAUGUACCAUGUAAACACAUUUAGAACAUUUAGGCAACAGUCUUCUUCAAAUGAAACUUCAUUUUCAGUAUACGUUUGAUAUUAGUUGUUAUAGUAGGUUGUUUGUCUGCUCGUGGCUAAUUUGAGCUACUGUACAUACUGAAAGAACUUAUACAGACUGUUUGGGGAGUUCUUUUUGAAGGACAUUUAUAUUGAGCCAAAUGUAAUUUCUUUAGUUAAUCCAAUAAAGACUUAUUGUAAAUAUAAGCAAAUAUAUACAUACAUUAAUAUAUAUAGCUAUACCUGUUGAAUUUGACCUGUUCUCUGCUGUAACUCAUUUACCCUUCAAAUAAAAAAAAAAUCUUGUUUA